AUGAUGGGCUUCGAACGCCUUAAGGACUCCAACGAGCUCAUCAUCGACCUCGACUCGGACUCUGAUGAAGAAGAGGAGCUGGUGGUCGCCGGGGAGAAGGUUGUGGUAUCGAACUCGCGGGAGCCCCAAGCUCUCAAGCAGUGGCUCCAAUCAGGUACUCUGUCUCCUCGUCCUAUCGCUGGCAGCAAGAGGGCUUGGAGGGCCAUGAAUGCCGCUGUGGGGCCUAGUCCUCAGGCCGCGGGUUUGCAUGAGCGGGAACCGCUGCGCGUCUCUACUACAGGGGCUCUGGCCAAUAGUCCAAGUCGAUCCCCCACAGGCUCCCAGACCACUACUGUCGCACACCUCAUCCAGGACUCUGCGCAUAGCUCUCCACGCUCACUUGGUUCAUUGCCUACCGCCGCCAGUUUAAAUAAGGAAGAGGUGAAAGCCUUUGCGGACGCUUGGACGACUGUAACCCCAUUUUUCGAUCCGCGAAUUUUGCAAGAUCCUCCCCUUCCCAGUGUUCAUUCAACCAAUGCGGAGACAAUGCUCGAGCUCGAGUAUUAUCAUGUUCUUAUUGCUAUCCAAUAUACAUCGACAGAAUUCCGAAGGGGGCCCACAAUCAUCCAAGGCAUUUUAAUCGUCCCAAGCCACCUUCCCAGUGAAGACGGAAAGCAAAGGGCAACCCGAAACGCCGAGGAAGAAGAGUGUGAGGUGUGGGCGAGGUAUCGAGUACACAACUACAAAGGUGACUAG